AGCCGAAUGAAGACCUGUAGUUAUUUGUUUUAUUAUUCCACUAUAGUUUAGAAGGGUCUUGCUUUUAUAGCGUUUCCAGAAUCUGGAUUCUGGUCAAAGAUAUUGGUCUUCUUGCUUUUUAAACAUAUUGCAAAAAAUAAAGAGAGAGGGUUUUACAUUAGAAACAGAAUCAUCUUUCUUCUUCUUAUCUUGUCUAUCUUGUAAAUGAAUUGAAGGGUUAUUCUAAGGGAUGAAAGAUUUGAUUUUGAUGGUCAAAGUUUAAAAUCGACGAUUUAGAAAAUUAGAAAUAGUGAGUAUUGGUGAUUUAGUGAUAGAGAUUGAAGCUUAUAACUUGUAUUGAUUUAUGGGAAAGAAGAAGCCACAAAAAAUUAAGGAACUUUCGGUGGCAAUAGGUGAAGCAUCAUCAACAAUAGAUGAGAUGGGGCAGCAACAACAACAACCACCACCUCAAGCUCCUCGAAAAAGAGGUAGACCCCGUAAGAUUAUUGUCAAGAUGGAAAGCGAAGAAGAAAAGGCACAAGCUAUAGCAGCACAAGGCACUGAGAGCUCAACGGAAAAAGGUUCAACCAAAGAAGAAGAGGGAGCAUCAGAAACAUGCAUGAGGAUUACAAAGCAAGAAGUGAUGCAACUUCCGAAAGGGGAACCCUCGAGAAGCAGAGCUAGGAGAAAAAGCAAGCCCAGAAAGAGUAGUUAAUAUAACUCAUAUAUAAUCAUUACUCCUUUUUCUCUUCUCUUUUUCAUCAUGCAAUUCUUCCUUCCUUCCUUUGCCAUGUUUUUAUUUCCGGGAUUUUGAUUUAUAACCGAUAUUGUUGCUGUCAAAACAAACAAUUUCUCUCUCAAGUUAUUGGUUUACCUUUUUCUAGUUCUUUGGUGUGUAACUUUUUGUUUAUUUUAUCUAAUCCUUGUAUUGAGUUAUGGUUUCAUGAGUUCAAUUACUUGUUUCUUUAGUUGAACUUGAAUGAUGCAUUGCUUCAUUCACACGCAGAAAAGAAAGUUAAUAUGUUCUUAUUUGGAUGUGUUGUGUUUAUUGCAUACAACUAUAAACUAUUGUUUUGCAUAUACAAUAAUACUUAUCCUACUGGGUAUUUUCUUGAUAUCCCAAAGCUAGAUUUUUUUCUUGUU